GGUGGAGCUAGUAAUAGAGGGCACUUUGAGAAGUUCCCAGGAGGAUUCCUGUGUCUUCGAUCCCAGAGUGCCCUGGUUUUUGCUCUAGGGAUCAUCAUCCUGGGAAUGGUGCAUCACACAUUCACAGUCAAGGGUAGCCACCUAGCCAGCCAUGGAGCCCUCAGCAACUCCAAACACUGGAGCAGAUUUUGGGUGCUCUUCUUUGUGGAAGUAAGGAGGGGACUGGGCUUCUGGGACCAUGCAUAGACAGCCUGUGUGAAUCCAAGUAUGCAAGCAGAUGUGUGCUUCAUUCACAGCUGAGAAUGCCUGACACCUCCAUGUGAAGAUGCCCCCUGCUUACACCAGAGUGGUGGGCCUUGAGGACUUGAGCCUAUGGAGAGUACCAUAUCUGAAUCGAUAUGUCGACAUUUUCCUUGUUCCUUUCACAUUACCCAUUCUCCUGCUGAUAAUGACAGUUGGGCUGCUGAGGAAUGUAGAACCCAGGAUAGCUCUUCCGACCUUGUGCCUCAUAUCUCUCGGACUCUUCUCUCAGUACUGGCUGCUGAUCAAAGUCUCUGGCUACAAGUCAUUUUGGUCUACUUUGCUCUGCAUGCUUGUGAUCCGGAGCCUCCUGGCUCACCCUUUCUUCCAUGUCAACAUCUUCCAGCACAUGGAGUUCCCCAUGUUCUCUCCGGGUAAUAAGCCACAGAGGAUCCAUACGAUGAGUCUUACAUUGUUCAACUUGCCCUGCAACCCCAUCCUUGACUGGACAUUUGGCCACUCGGUCAUCAACUGCCAUGUGGAACAUCAUCUCUUCCCCCUGUUCUCUGACAACAUGUGUCUAAAGGUAAAGCCAGUGGUGUCUCAGUUCCUUCAAAGGAACCAUCUGCCAUACAAUGAGGACUCCUACCUGUCAAGGCUUGGGCUUCUCUUGAGCAAAUAUGAGGAGAUCCUGGUGCAUGCCCCUCCCAUCACUGACCUCGUGGGGCUCCAGUGAGGAUGUUUCCUCACUGACAAGUCUCCCCAGCUCCUUUGCCCUUACCAGGGUUCUGGCUCAAGCUCCUUCUGCUUUGGCCGGGAACAUCCCCAGAGACAUCACUCUAGAACCCAAACCUGCCUCUGCUCCAUGGAGUUGGGGGGGGGGGUUCUCUAAGAUGGGUACUAUGCUUGCUUUCUACCUUUCCAGUUUGGGAUGGGAGGGAUGGGUCCUGGGUAAGAUGAGGAGAAAGGGAUAGGACCGCUAGUUAAUGGGGGGAAGGAGACCUUGAAAGUAAGGUCAUAGGUCAAAGCCAGGAACGACAUGGGACAGAGAUGGUUUAGCUUGAAGCUUGUAAGUAUAAUGAUGGAGUGGGGCAGAGAGAGAGAGGGGAGGAGAGUGGAAGACUAGAGGAGAGGCCAAGGGACUAGUGAGCUGUAGGACAUCCACAAGGCUUAGACUUUACAGGUCUGGACUGGCUGCAGGGUUGAGAGUGUAGCUGGUUUGGUUACAUGGCCCUAUGUGAAAUAAAGUGGUUAGCUCAGAGCUGGGAGGUUGGCUUUAAAAGUAUGUUAGGAUUUAUUCUAGGAUUUCAAGUGAAAUAAUUUUAAAUAAGUCAUAGGACAGAGCAAGGGAUCCUAAAGUAUUCAUAUGGGGGAUGGGGAAUGGGUAUUAAGGUUUGGGGAAAAACUCAGGAAUUCAGCCUCAGGUUUAGGGAAGUUCUCUCAGGCUUGAAAAAGGGGAAUAUUACUCUCCGGGGAUGAUCUGUGUCAUCUUUGAUCUCAGAAGUUAUCUAUGAAAGGAAGACUCUACUCCUCUCUCUUAUGGAGGUGUGAAAGGAGGCUGGGGCAGCCCUUUCAGGCAAAAGGAUGAUGGGAGUAUGUAUCUGUGGUAUGACAGUAUUAUUAUUGAGCCAGCCAGGUGGUGUGACAGGGUGAUGGCCUUCUAGGAGGGGAGGGGGAGUUGGAAUCAUGCCUCAGACCCUUCUUAGCAAUGUGACCUGGGAGAAGAUGGUUAUCCUAUUGGCAAAAUGGAGACAAUAAUAACAACCCAUCUGACAGGAGUGUCGUAAGGAUCAAGUGAGAAAACUUUGUAAAGCACUUUUCAAAUCUUAAAGCACUAUAUACAUGUUGACAAUUACUGUUAGACUCAGCUUGGGUUUGUAAAUGUCUCACCAGCCCAGUAAUAGGCCUUGAGAAGAGGGAGGCAGGUUAAUUAAAUUAGCUAACCCUCCAAAUAAAUGAUGGUAAGAAAAGGUUUCAGUUAGAUGGCCCUGGCUAAUGUUUAAACCCACCCCAAGAUAUGACCAAUGAUUCCUGGUUAUUGAUUUGACUCCUUCUACAGGAAGUAGGCCAGAAUGGAAACAUGACCUAUGACUCAAAGAGAAUGUGAACUACCUUGAGUAAAUGUAAAUAGCAAAAGAAGUCCCAGCUAUCCCAUGGAAAUGUGUGCAAAUGACCCUGAGCCAUCCUUGGCAUUGUGCCUUCUUUGCUCUGUUUCUAUAUAAUACCAGACCUAGCCUGGCAUUAGUGUGGCAAUCCAUAAUGUUAUAUUGUCAUGCUGCUGCCCAGGACAACUGACCUCUUGUGAGUAUACUCCCCCAAUUAACUUAAUUAAUUGUAAUAAAUAACCAAGCUGGUAUGGUUGCUUCUUUCUUUGGUAUCUUAAUAUUCUCUGCAAGGGUAUGGAGGUAGAAAGGAAUGCUUGUGGUCACUCACAGACCACAGCAUAGACUAGGAGAGCAGUAACUACACCUCUCCUUACAUCAUACCACUUUGGAAGAAUGGAAACUUAUAGACAUCCAAAAUUAGCUCUGAAUACAGCAGCAUGAAAAACCUAAAGCUUGGGAUAGUGCCUCCUUCCCUGGGAGCAGAGCCUAACUUUGACAUAAAGUUAAGGGUCAAGAAAAAGGCUGAAAAAAAAUGAGCAAACAUCAAAAAAAAAAAGUUGACCAUAGAAAGCUACUAUGCUGAUAGGCAAGAUCAAAACAGAAACUCAGAAGAAGAAAAUGAGAUCAAAGCAUCUGCAUGCAAAGCCUCGAAGAAAAAUGGGAAUUGUUCUUAGGUCCUGGAAGAGCUCAAAAAAGAUUUUAAAAAUCAAAGAAGAGGAGUAAAAGAAAUGAAAGUGAUAUAUGAAAGAGUCAAGAGCUUGGCAAAGGAGGCGCAAAAAAAAAAAUACUGAAGAAAAUAACAUCUUUAAAAAUAGAAUAGGCCAAAUGUUAAAAGAAAUACAAAAAUCCAUUGAAGAGAAUUCCUUUAAAAGCAGAACUGGCCAGACUGAAAAGGAGGUAUAACAACUCACUGAAGAAAACAAUUACCUAAAAAUAAGAAUUGGGCAAGUGGAAACUAAUGAUUCUAUUAGACACCAAGACACAACAAAACAAAAUCAAA